AUGUCGAAUCAAACCCAAGACCAGGCCAUGAAGUUAGGUGGUGGCGGCCAUGAUUCGCGCAGCAGUACUGUCUUCGCCGUCACGGUCGCCAUGAUCACCUGCUCGACCGUUUUUGUUUCUGCUCGCAUGGCUUCUCGUGCCGGAGUCCUUAAGAAGGUCCUCCUAGAUGACUAUUUCAUCCUUGUGGCUUGGCUACUCGCCUUUGGCUUGUCUUUCUCGAUAUGUUACGGCACCUUCGUCGGCCUCGGCCGCCACGAAGACGACGUGCCAGAUUCAUGGCAGGGCUCAUUACGGCGAUCGCAGUACGCCUUCUCUGUUCUGUACAAUCCCGCAUUGAUGGCCGAGAAGACAUCCAUCCUUGUCUUUUAUCUCACUCUAUCCAAGACUAACAGGACCUUCCGCUGGGCUACCAUAGCAACUCUGUUUGUCGUCAACGCCGCUGGAAUUGCUCUAACCCUUGUUACCCUGUUCCAAUGCAACCCUGUCGGCGCUGCCUUCAGGUAUCCGGUCCCAGCCAUUCAUCAUUGCACUGACAUUAUCACCAUAUAUCUCUCUUCGGCGCCUGUCAACAUCAUCACCGACCUCGCCAUCCUGUUCUUGCCUAUGCCCAUUCUAACCUCGAUGCGACUGCCCCGCAAACAGAAGACCAUCCUUGUUAUCACUUUCGGCUUUGGUCUCUUCGUGGCCAUUGUCGAUAUUGUCCGCAUUGCAUAUUUGCAGUCCGCCUCGACAUAUCGUCUCAACCAGAUUCUCAACUACCAGAAGGACAAGAGCUCAGGACGUGAUGCCGACGUGACUGAUUUCUCAUGGUACGCCUCAUACUCCUUCAUGUGGUCUGCCAUCGAGGUCAAUGUUGGCAUCAUGUGUGCUUGCGUUCCAGCUCUGAAGCCUCUCGUCUCACGUUUCAUGCCACACCUUCUUCGUGAUGAAGGGGACGUUACCGAAAAGCAUUCUUCGGUUGAUCGCCAGCCUACCUUCGAGAUGGCCAUGGCUCAACGAAUUCCAUCAAUGCCGGACCCGGCCUACCUCACUACACAGCCAUCUCACGAGCCUGUUGAAGACUCCAAUAUGGACAUGCUGGACUUCCUCACCACUCCCGAUAUGCAGAACAAUACACUCGAGCGCUCGCAAACCAUGUUAACCAAUUCCACACGAAACACCCGCGCAGACACACCAACCUUCUUUGAUUUUGUCAACAUUAAGAAUCGCAANAGUUUCGUUCAAAUGACCGCAAGAGAGUCUUUGUUUCCGGUCAUUAUGGUCACUGUGCUCUUCUUCAUCUGGGGUUUCGAAUACGGCCUUCUCGAUGUUCUCAACAGACAGUUCCAGGAAGUUUCUCACAUGUCUUCGGCACAGUCCGUGGGCAUUCACAGUGCUUACUUCGCUGGUUACUUCUUCGGGCCGCUGACUUUUGGUCGCCUGGCCCUGAAACACUACGGGUUCAAAGCAUGCUAUAUUAUCGGUCUCAGCAUAUAUGCGUGCGGAAUCUUGAUCUUCUGGCCCGCUGCUGUUCUGACCUCUUUCCCGGCUUUUGUCAUCGUCAACUUUAUCGUUGGUCUUGGACUGUCAACACUCGAAAUAUCGGCAAACCCUUUUAUCGCACUUUGCGGUCCCAUGGAGUAUGUGGAAGUUCGUCUCAAUCUUAGUCAAGGAUUCCAGGCCAUUGGAACUGUCGUCGCUCCUCUCAUCGCCCAGAAAGCCCUCUUUGGACAGUCUCAUGAUGCCCCUUCUUUGAUCAACACACAAUGGGCCUAUCUAGGAAUCGCACUGUUCACAGUUGCAUUAGCGGUCGCAUUCUUCUACGUCCCAUUGCCAGAGGCUACCGACCAAGAGCUCGAGGAUGCGUGCGAGCGUAUGGACAACGCUAAUUAUGCCACUAUUGGCAAAGUCAGGGUCAUCUGGUACACACUUGCAGCCGGCACUUUUGCGAUGUUCUGUUACGUCGGUGCUCAGGAAGUUCUCGCUACUACCUUCGACAACUAUCUUGCACUUGUGGCUCCGUCCUUCAACGAGACCAACUACAUGGCUAUUGGGCAUGCCUUGUUUGCUGCAUCUCGAUUUGUGGCAGCAGGGGCAGGCUUCAUCAUCAAGCCGCGACUUCUGCUUGUUUUCUUCCUCACAGGCACCAUCGUCUUCUCAGCUCUUGCGAUGAACUUCACAGGCUCAACUGCCACAGCCAUGAUGCUUAUGGUGUUCUUCUUCGAAGGUCCACUCUUCAGUCUCAUCUUCGCCCAAAGCAUUCGCGGCAUGGGCAAGUUCACGAAAGAUGGCAGUGUCAUUUUGAUCGCUGCAGUCUCUGGUGGUGGUGUCUUCCCUGGCUUGUCCUACGUGGCCAAAGAAGCACAAAAUUCACAGUACGCGAUGUGCGUUGCUGUUGCAGGCUUCGCAGGUGCCACCUUACUACCUUUCUUCCUCAACUAUAGUCCGCUUGCUCGUACUCUUUGCGAUCCUCUGAAGGACCCCAGCGAGAUCAGUGAUGACUCUCUGCCUGGAAGUUCAAACAGCAGUGUAGCUAGUCGAGCGCUUAGCUUCUUCAGCAUCCGCAGAAAGAGCGCAGGCGAGAUGAAGACCGAAUGGCGUGAACGUCAAGCAUCUGCUGACAGCUCUGCUUCUCCUGGUGCAUACCCAUCAGCAUAA